CAGGAAGAGGAAGCCGCUGCGGUUCACUGUUGCGCGGUAGGGUGGCUGCGGAGUUAGAUGGGCCGGAGGCGGAGCCGCUGCGCCCUAAGGAGGAGACACGCCCCAGCCUUUGCGCCCACCUGCCCGGGCCCCGCGUGCUUCAAGCCUAAACUGGGAUAUUCAAAGCCCUUGGACUUCAAACUAUGCCCAUGCUGAACAAACUCGGUCUGCUUACAUGCUGCCCUAGCUGCUGCUGUUUUUGUCUUGGUGAGAGCCCGGUGUCACACCACUGCUCGGUGUGCCGUUCUCUUUGGACCAGGAGAAGAAAAUCCAGGGAUACUCAAUUGAAGUUGUACCUUUUCGAACAAUCAAUAAAACAAACAUAAUUCCUUAAAGGGAAUUGACGACCUACAAAGACAUUGAUCACGGAUGCAUCAGGAACAGGUUGGGGCACACAGCUGAGAGAAAAUGACUGCAAUCAAGCAUGCCUUACAGAGAGAUAUUUUCACUCCAAAUGAUGAACGUUUAUUGAGCAUUGUGAAUGUGUGCAAAGCAGGCAAAAAGAAGAGAAACUGCUUUUUGUGUGCCACAGUGACAACAGAACGUCCAGUGCAAGUAAAUGUGGUCAAGGUGAAGAAAUCCGAUAAGGGAGAUUUCUACAAAAGACAGACAGCGUGGGCACUUCGAGAUCUUGCUGUUGUUGAUGCCAAAGAUGCUGUUAAAGAAAAUCCUGAAUUUGACUUGCAUUUCGACAAAGUGUACAAAUGGGUUGCCAGCAGCACAGCAGAAAAGAACACUUUCAUUUCAUGUAUCUGGAAACUGAACCAGAGAUAUCUUAGAAAGAAAAUUGACUUCGUAAAUGUUAGUGCCCAGCUUUUGGAAGAACUACCUAAAGUUGCAGAAGAAUCUGUUCCAAGUGGAGAAAAUCAGAGUGUAGCAGGAGGAGAUGAAGAAGCUGUGGAUGAGUAUCAAGAGUUAAAUGCAAGAGAGGAACAGGACAUUGAAAUAAUGAUGGAAGGCUGUGAAUAUGCCAUUUCUAAUGCUGAAGCCUUUGCAGAAAAGUUAUCUAGAGAGCUGCAGGUGUUAGAUGGGGCAAACAUCCAGUCAAUCAUGGCCUCUGAGAAACAAGUGAACAUCCUGAUGACGCUGCUGGAUGAAGCUCUGAAGGAAGUGGAUCAAAUUGAGCUGAAGCUGAGCAGUUAUGAGGAAAUGCUACAGAGUGUAAAAGAGCAAAUGGAUCAGAUCUCAGAAAGCAACCACCUAAUUCAUCUCAGCAACACGAAUAAUGUGAAGCUGCUGUCAGAGAUAGAAUUCCUAGUUAAUCAUAUGGAUUUGGCAAAAGGUCACAUAAAGGCCCUCCAGGAGGGGGAUCUGGCAUCUUCUCGAGGCAUUGAAGCCUGCACUAAUGCAGCUGAUGCCCUUUUGCAGUGUAUGAAUGUAGCUCUUCGACCAGGACAUGAUAUGCUUUAUGCAGUCAAACAGCAACAGCAGCGGUUCAGUGACCUACGUGAACAAUUUGCACGAAGACUUGCCAGUCAUCUGAACAAUGUGUUCGUUCAGCAGCUACACUGCCUCGAAAAGAAAGUGCUGUCAAACAGGAAACAGAGAGUCUUCAUGGAAGUUCUGGAAAAUUGACUGGAUCGACCUCUAGCCUAAAUAAACUCUCUGUUCAGAGUUCAGGAAAUCGCAGGUCUCAGUCAUCCUCACUGUUGGAUAUGGGAAACAUGUCUGCCUCGGACCUUGAUGUGGCUGAUAGAACUAAAUUUGAUAAGAUCUUUGAGCAAGUUCUAAGCGAACUGGAGCCCCUGUGUCUGGCAGAACAGGACUUCAUUAGCAAAUUCUUCAAACUACAGCAGCAUCAAAGCAUGGGAACAACAAUGAAUGAAGCAGACGAAAUGGAUGGAGGAACUUUAUCCCGGUCUCAUAAUUCUGGUGUUCCACAAGCUAUAUCAUCUGAGAAAGACAUGAUCCGACAGAUGAUGAUAAAAAUAUUUCGCUGUAUUGAGCCAGAGCUGAAUAACCUUAUAGCUCUGGGGGACAAGAUUGAUAGCUUUAAUUCCCUUUAUAUGUUAGUUAAGAUGAGUCACCAUGUAUGGACAGCACAAAAUGUGGACCCAGCUUCCUUCCUCAGCACAACACUUGGAAAUGUUUUGGUGACUGUCAAAAGGAACUUUGACAAAUGCAUUAGCAAUCAAAUAAAACAGAUGGAGGAGGUAAAGAUAUCAAAGAAGAGUAAAGUUGGGAUCCUUACAUUUGUUGCUGAAUUUGAAGAAUUUGCAGCACUUGCUGAAUCUAUUUUCAAAAAUGCAGAGCGACGAGGAGAUUUAGAUAAAGCCUACAUAAAACUUAUAAGAAGUGUUUUCAUCAAUGUGGAGAAAGUAGCAAAUGAAAGCCAGAAAACACCCAGGGAUGUGGUCAUGAUGGAGAACUUCCACCGUAUUUUUGCAACUCUCUCUCGUUUGAAAAUCUCAUGUCUUGAGGCUGAAAAAAAAGAAGCUAAACAGAAAUACACUGAUCAUCUCCAGUCUUAUGUCAUCUACUCCUUGGGACAGCCUCUUGAGAAAUUAAAUCAUUUCUUUGAGGGUGUUGAAGCUCGUGUGGCACAAGGCAUAAGAGAAGAGGAAGUAAGUUACCAACUGGCUUUCAAUAAACAAGAGCUUCGCAAAGUUAUAAAGGAAUAUCCUGGUAAGGAAGUGAAGAAGGGAUUGGAUAAUCUCUAUAAGAAGGUGGACAAACAUCUUUGUGAAGAAGAAAAUUUACUUCAGGUUGUAUGGCAUUCUAUGCAAGAUGAGUUUAUACGCCAAUACAAACACUUUGAAGGCUUGAUAGCUCGUUGCUAUCCUGGAUCAGGUGUUACCAUGGAAUUCACUAUCCAGGACAUCUUAGACUACUGCUCCAGUAUUGCACAGUCUCACUAAACUUCUACAAGGGGAAAAUGCUUGAAAAAUAUCAAGUACUAUGAAUGUUACUUGCUUUAAGAAGAUGAAAUAAGCAGCAUAUGUAUUCUUAAAUGUUCUAUAAAUGUCUAGUCAUAUUUCCAUCUCGGAUAUAUUUCAAUGCAAAAUGAAAAGUCUAAAUAGCAGUGUUGUUUUCCUGCUCGGUUGAAGCACUGUUUUAAAGCAUUAAAUUCAUGAACACUUAAUAUUUAAUUUUUCUCCCACUGGUGCCCAAGAUUUUUUUAAAUCUGUAACUUUCUUGCUAACAGCAAUUACCUUUGUAUAUUCUUAGCACUUUGAAAGGACACUACUGUCAAAUGACUUCACACUAGUACUUUGCAUCCUGGUAAUUAUGUAACCAUUAAAAAGAUUGUACAGAAUUAGUUUUUUUCUGCCUCAAGCUGUCAUAUAUGGAUGUCGAGUUCGGUCCAUGAAAGUACGAACUAAAUUCAUGUUUUGAGAAUUAAUGUGACUGUAUGUGGCUGUAACUCUUCUGAUCUUAAGUAAAAAUAAUCUUUCAAACAUA